AUGUCGUACGCAUCAGUCGCAGCCAAGGAUGCUCCUCCUCAGAGCGAGCAACCAGUCCCGUCAGCGCACUACGCCGAGGGCCGAAACGCAGGCAACUACAGCACGAGCGCCCAUCCAGACGUAGACUCUGGUAAGGUCAACAUCGUGCCUAGCGGAACGGACUUGGAUCAUAUCAGGACCGAGUCCGCCGAAGAGGCUGACAAGGCUAUCCAACGAGCUCGUGCGGAAGCCGAGAGGGCUCAAAAGGAAGCCAAGGAUUUGUCAGAGAGGGCAAAGAAGCAGGCUGGAAAGGCUGAGAAGAGAGUCUCCAAGGCCGCUUCGGACGCAUCCAAGCAAGUUGGAGCAUUCUGGCAAAAGUUCUCCUCGGAGCCCGCAUACUGGGCCUCGACGCUCGGAGCAGUCAAUGUUGCUCUUCUGGGAGGAAUUGGAAUAUAUGCCUAUGCGAACCGCGACCAAGCGCGAAGCUGGGAUCGUCGUUUGGUCAGCGGCGCGGCCGUCGGAAUCCUUAGCUUGCUUGGACUGCAGAGCUACGCAGCUACGGAAGCGGCCAGACGUCAAAAAGGCAAAAAGUAG